AUGGGGCAGAAGGGGAGAAUGAGUGCCGCGCCGAAGAGCGUUGGGUCUUCAAUCAUUGGAGGCAGAUCUGUGACGACGAUGCGAUCAUCUCUCUUACCGACGCUACCUGGAAACUUUGACGACGCCAUGGCAACACCGUGGCCCAUUGCCAACUCGAAUAGGCGGGCGUCAGAAUAUCCCUCAUCUUUGCCCGGGUUGCCUCAUGUUGCAACGACAGCCUCCACGGCGUAUGGCAGUAACUACUACUUGGACCAGUACUGGGAUAGGGGAAUGCCGGAUGUUUGGCAGAAUUCCGUUGUAGGGUCAUCUGACAAUAUGGUACUAGACAGGGAGAGGUCACGCCGUCUGAUGGCGCUGCAGCGGCGGAAGUAUAAGGAACUUGUUAAAGCAGAGAAGGAGGCGUUCAUGGUCCUUAUGCAGAAGGAAGAAGGGAGCGUCGAAAGCAUUAAUGCAUUCACAGCAUUCCGUAUCUCUCUUCAGCGGAAGCAAGAGCAGUACCGCGCCAAGAAUGGGCCUUGGCUUGCCCAAUCCUUUGCCAUUCGCGUAGAGCAGCUGAUUGAGCAGGAGCAGGAAGAGCGGCGGAUGAUACAGCGCGCCGAGUUUAGGGUACGCGAUUCGCGACAGUGUGUGGAAAGGAUAGUUGGGGCCAAGAUGCGUUUUCAGCGUGCGAUCGAGUCACUUUUUCGCUCAGAGGAGCAGUAUCGGAGCAUCAUUGAGGAAUGGGAGACAUCUGAGGCGAGACAUAUUAGUGCCCUGAGACCCUUCGUUACGCUGAAGAGUGUUAGGGCUUUAGGCCAGUGCCCAUUUGUUUCCGUGAAGGACUGUCCGUUUCACCAUCGUGGCGAGGGGGUCCGCAGCAACCACUACCGCUUUAGUGUGCGGGAUGUGGACUAA